CUUAACUCUCCUACCGCAAUCAUGCGUCAGACGUUCGCUACCGUCAGCAUCCUCCUAGCCCUUGUCAGCCAGGGUUUUACAGCCCCUGCCGAGCCUGCCAUCUCCCCUGACGGUGUCUGUGGAGGGGCCGGAAACACCUGCCAGGGCUCCCCGUUUGGCCACUGCUGCUCGCGAUACGGCUACUGUGGAAACGGCGACGCCUACUGUGGAUCCGGUUGUCAAUCCGCCUUUGGCACCUGCAACAUCGCCAGCCCCCCCUCGGGAACCAAGGUCAGCGAAGACGCCACCUGCGGCACGGGCGUGACCUGCCUCGGCUCGGGCUUUGGCGACUGCUGCAGCGCCAGCGGCUGGUGCGGCGGCACCGCCGACUACUGCGGCGCCGGAUGCCAGUCGGCGUUUGGCAAAUGCGGCACCGCCGCCGUCAGGAACUACGUCGAGCGCAACCUGGUCAAGGCACCGCCCGCCUGCGUCUACAACUCCUACACGGACUUCUACGAGGUCGUCAACCCGGUCAUGGGCGACGACGGCAUGUGGUCCGAGGCCGUGGCCAACUGCAAGACCAAGUGCGACUCCACGGCCGGCUGCAGGGUCUACUUCUUCAACAAGCAGCGGGCCCUCUCCAAGAACUACCAGACCGGCAGGUGCUACAUCGACAACAAGGCGUGGUCGGCCAGCAUGCUCGAGUGCAACGUCGCCAACCAGACGUUCAGCCACGGUUACGAGCUGGUCUAG